AGUUUUAGGCUGUCCCUGAACAUUGUGCCUCAGGGGCAAACCCUGGCAUCACCUAUAGCUGAGAAGCCUCAUUACAGGAGGAAGAAGUCCAGAUCCUGCAGAGGUGCAUCCCACUGGAUGGGGUCGGAAGGUGAAUCCACUGCUGCAGCAGGAUCAAGAUCCCCAGUUCCUGCAGGGAUCAGGGAAGGGAACCCUCAUCCUAAACCUUCCUGCUUCACACAACUGUAUCCAGCAGCCGGAUCCUCCUUCCGCCUCAGGCUGCUGGGUCUGUGGUUUCCUUUCUCACACUUCUUCUGGUCCUUCCCCCCUCACCUGCACUGUGGUCCCAGCUCACCCCAUCCCCUGCCAUGCUUGGCUCAACCUGAGUUCAAUGCACGCUGAAGCAAAGCCUGGAAACGCUUCAUUUGCUAGACCUGACCUGGUGCCAAACAAUUGCACACGUUUGCAGCAGCGCUAACAUCUCAUCUUGCCGUGGCUGCUCCCCUGGGACAGACACACCGCUGUGCCAGGAAGGGCAGAGGGAGCACCAGGGCUGUGCUGCUGCCUCCAACCCCAAAGCAUCACUUGCAGGGUGCACCACCAGCUGCACAUCCUGACCCCAGAGCAGAGCCAUCCCACCCGGGCUGGCUGCUCCUCUCAACACUGAGCGUGCUGGCGCAGGCUUGCUUCCACUGAGGAGUGUUUAAAGACCACAGCGCACUUAAGAACUUACCCCACCUCCGAGACCCACAGAAAUAAGAGCAGAAAGCACAGCGGAAGGAUUUGGGGCUGGAAGCCAGUCGUGCUGGGAUGAGCUCGCAGGCCUGGGGCUUCCCGUGUGGGGGAUUACGGCGCUGACUGCGGAGUAAGCACCCUUGGGACUGAACCGGAGCGGUCGGGCACUGCGGAGCCCAUUGGACACCUCUUCACAGGGCUCCCAACAAGUCACUGGUGGCAGCAGCGAGAUUGCAACCCCCAGGAAUGAGAGACCUCCACCCCUGAAGACCCCAGCUUUGGGUUUGACCCUGUGCCGAGCCUCUGCCCUCACCCUGGCCACCCCUACCCAUGAUGGCACUGUGUCUCAAGCAAGUCUUCAACAAAGACAAAACGUUUCGACCCCGAAAGAAGUUUGAGCCGGGCACCCAGCGCUUUGAGCUGUACAAGAAAGCCCAGGCCUCCCUCAAGUCUGGGCUGGACCUGAAAUCAGUGGUGCAGCUGCCUCCCGGUGAGAGCAUCAAUGACUGGAUCGCGGUGCAUGUGGUGGACUUCUUCAACCGCAUCAACCUCAUCUACGGCACCAUGUCAGAGUACUGCACGGAAAGGAGCUGCCCCAUCAUGUCUGGUGGACUCAAGUACGAAUACAGGUGGCAGGAUGAUAGCAAGUACAAGAAGCCAACCAAGCUGUCGGCUCCGCAGUACAUGUGUAUGCUGAUGGACUGGAUCGAGAUGCUCAUUAACAACGAGGACAUCUUCCCCACCAGGAUAGGUGUUCCCUUCCCUAAGCAGUUCCAGCAAGUUUGCACUAAGAUCCUCACCCGGCUCUUCCGUGUCUUUGUCCAUGUCUACAUCCACCACUUCGACAGCAUCAUCAACAUGGGUGCUGAGGCUCAUGUCAACACCUGCUACAAGCACUUUUACUACUUCAUCAGGGAGUUCAGCCUCGUUGACCAUCGGGAACUGGAGCCUUUGAAAGAAAUGACAGAACGAAUUUGCCACUGAAGCAUUCUGGCAGGUGAACUCAGCUGGCUCAUUUGGAGUCUGAUGGGACAAGAUACCCUGUGGUGGAAGACCUCUUCCUGAGGACUUGCUCUGGGCAUUUCAACUCAGUGAACUAUGAACACUGCAGAAGAGCCUCUUCAGGCCAUGGCCAAAGCCUAAGCUUGCCAAGCAUCUCUGGACAGAGGUUUUGGGAUUUUUUGUUAUAGAUCCCAGUCUCUGUUGUAUGGCUCCUGCCAAGGAAAGCCACUGACUUACUGGAGAACAAGGCAAGUUUGGUUGAUGUUUGCACACUCUGGUUUCUACGACCCAAUUCUGUGUUUGCUAACAUCCCCUCAGCUACCCUUCCUCUUGUUUUGUCCUCAUCUACACUGAUUUCCAGAUGCUUCAUCAGUGAUUCCUGCCCUGUGAACAGGUAUGAACUUGGCUACCGAGUAAUGCCUCUUACCUUUCCCACCUGCAGUGGGUUUGUGGUAACAUCCAAGAUGUUAUCUUGGAUAACAAAGUUGGUGACAUUCGAUCCAAGCUGCCUUAAUGCGGUUAGUUGCUGAUGUACCAUUUUUAACCACAAGCUACGAAUGUCUCUCAUUCUGCCCUAAUUCAUGCUUUACCAAAAGGACCAUUUUUCCCUGCAAGGGAUUUUUCAUGUUUGGCAGAGGGACUUCAUGAUGUUCUUAAGAUGCAUCCAACACUGCCUGGACCAGUGGCAAGGUGGCCCCAUGCCAGAGGAGGUGAACUAGGCCAGUUUUCAUCAUGAUCAGCACAGUCUACCUGAGAAAAGACUCAGAAAGUGGAGGAAGCUGUUGCCAGAAAACCUGAUUUUCAACAUGCCAGCAUUUCCUGACAUGUCGUUUUGGCUCAAAAGCAGCAGAUGCUGGCUGCAGAAAUGGAUGGUUUUCCAUUUUCCAACUCUACAGUAUAGCAAAUCAGGUGAAGAAGGACUUUGAGAUACCUAAUCUACCCAUUUCUUCCAAAAACACAAGAACAGUCCUUCUUAAACC